CAAAGACACGCUCCGCCUUCCUCUCCCAAGUGUAUCAACUUUUCAUACUUUCGUGACAGUACAGUUUCUCACGGUAGCGCAAAGAUGUCGGCAACAUCUCAAGUUCCGCCCCCUACCAACGGUGAGGUAGUUGACGAGACAACGACAACAACUACCACCACUACUGUUACAACCACAACUACAACUACAACACCGACAAUCCGAAUUCAGCCAACGCCCGGCCCUGCCGGAAACGGACGGUUUUUCUUCGACGCGCCAGAUGCACCUUCUAUCGUCCUAGUUUUCAGGCCCCUCCCCAUCUUUACCAAAAGCAUCAAGGCCGACCGGCGCUCAUCGUGGCUUGGACAAAUGGACAUUAAAUGUAGCGAUGUGCCCCUUAUGAUGCGUGAAGGUCUCCACUGGUCAACGGCGAACAUCGUGAAAGAAGAGGGCUACGUUGAGGAUAUUGACCCAAGAAAGGCCGAUCGUCUGGGUCAGCACUACUUUCAGUGCACCGUUACCAGGUACUGGUUUCUGCGAGACUUGCAAGAACCACCGCGAUGGACCACUUGUCUACGGAUCCAUGCUCCCGAUCACGACUCAGCGCCAAAAAUUCGAUUCGACGACUGGACCCUAAAGAUGGUUCACAUGGCUAGGGCCUGGGGCCUUUCGAAGAAGUUAAUCUACCAAUAUGAUAUCAGAAAGCCCCAAGAUUGCUUUAACUGUAUCUACGAUAAUAUGCCGUUAAAGGGGUGGUGGCCUUGUCCAAAAGAAAGGGAGUAACCACUCUCGUCGAUAGGGCUAUGAUGCAGCCCCUUGGAAAGGUGCUUGUGUAUUGCUAACACGAUUUGGUAUAAACGGUUAAACAUUCAACAUCAUGAUUUACAGGCGCGCUGGGGGCAGGGGUAGAAAGAGGGAGGUCUGGUGGGGCAAUUUAGGGGGCAGAGAGCUACGGUCCGAGUCCGAGAAGCUAUGUAUCUUGACGUUGUGCUAUUAAUAGUUUCCCUUCUUUUCAUAUCCGCCAUCAUAAUAUUAUGUAUUGUUAAUAUCUAAAGAAAGAAAAAAGACUAUAGGAUAGAAAGCUUGAAGCACCCCUUUAACAACUUUACAUAAGGGAAAACAAGUUGUACAGGGCCACUAUGGUGCGGGGUUCGUUUGUACCUAGGUCUAGGCUUCUACAGCGCACUACUACGGCGAGUUAGCGCAUAUUUGUUGGCAUUUUAAGAAGAGCAUAUUUUCACCAUGAACACAAUCUUGGUAUCUUGCAAUUGAAUUUAUUUUCUAAUUCAUUGCU